AUGUUUGAAAUUCUCAAUGGUCAACGACAUGAUAGGAGUGCACUCAUCCUUUACGGUACUGAAACUGGAAACUCUCAAGAUGUGGCAGAGGAACUGGGACGUGUGAUAGAAAGACUUCAUUUCAUGACUAGGGUGUGCGAGAUGGAUGAAGUUGAUAUUAAAGAAUUGUUAAAGUAUCAAUUUGUUAUAUUCACAAUAUCAACUACCGGACAAGGGGAAUUCCCAAAGAAUUCGAGGAAAUUUUGGAACAGUCUUUUGAGAAAACGUUUGCCUCCUAACUGUUUGAGUCACGUGAACUUCACCACUUUUGGUCUUGGUGAUAGUUCGUAUGCAAAGUUUAAUUUUGCAGCUCGUAAACUACACAAAAGGUUGGAACAAUUAGGUGGGAAUGAAAUAUAUCCUAGAGGUGAAGCUGAUGAACAACAUGAAGAAGGUGUUGAUGGAACUUUCCUAUCUUGGUAUAUUGACCUUAGAAAGAAACUCCUCGAAUUAUAUCCAUUACCAGACGGCUUAGAACCAAUUCCUGAUGAUGUUCUUCUCCCUCCGAAAUAUUGGCUAGAGCUUAAAAAUGAAUCUACUACGCUUACUGAGAAAUUAAAUUCACCACCUGAUAAUAGUGGCGAAACUGAUCAAACAGAUUUGGAUUCUUUAAACAGUAAAAUUGACGGAAAAUCUCAAAAAACCUCCAUUUCAGAAGACGGAACAAUGUCAAAUAUAUCUGGCUUUGGACUUGGCCUUCGAUUUGACCAUGGAUAUGACGAGCCAAAACCAUCAAAUCGAUUGACCGGGCCCUACAAACAUGAUGAACUAGAAAGUGUCGAUAGGGUGUUGCCUGAAAGCGGAAACUUCACAGAUGUCCACAACGGAGUUCAUGCCAUUAUCCAUAAGAACAAGCGUAUCACUCCUCUAAGUCACUGGCAGGAUGUUCGCGAAAUCACCAUAGCAGUACGAAGCCGAGAAUUCUCACCAUGGCCUGGAGAUACCAUGUCAAUUUAUCCUAAAAACUUUCCUGAGGAUGUCCAGACUCUCAUUGACUUGAUGGGAUGGAAUGAGGUUGCAGAUGUGAAGUUACACUUCAAGCCAAGAUCACCAGAUUGGUUCGGCGCCAAAAACUUGGUAUCAUCACAGAAGGAUCUGCAUCUAGUGGAUGAAGACCAAACACUACGAGAACUAUUGAUUCAUAAUCUUGACUUUCAAGCUAUUCCCAAGCGUCAUUUUUUCGAAAUUAUGGCAAAUUAUACAGACGACCCGACGCACAAAGCACGUCUCCUCGAGUUUCGGGAUCCUCUCUACACUGACGAACUCUACGACUAUACUACUCGCCCUCGUCGCAGUAUUCUUGAAUGUCUUCAAGACUUCCCAAGUGUCAAGCUUCCAUGGAAAGAUGCCACCACCAUUUUCCCCAUAAUUCGAGCUCGCGAAUUCAGCAUUAGCUCAGGUGGUAUCAUGCACAUCGCCCCUGAAGACUUAAAAAAAAAUGCUAAAAACGUAAGAGGUUCUAAAAGAUCCAAAGAUGUCGAAGCUCUCGAUAAACCUAUGAAAGAAUAUCACUUCCAAAUCCUCGUCGCCAUUGUCAAAUACCGCACCGUUCUCCAAAAAGUCCGCAACGGCCUUUGUUCCCGCUAUUUAGCCACCCUUCCUGAAAAAUCAGUUAUCACUAUCAGUUACAACAGUAACUCAUCUUUCUACAAAGCACCCGGGGUCCUGCCAGAACGUCCUCUCAUCUUGGUUGGUGCAGGGACCGGAAUUGCUCCUCUUCGAUCAUUGAUCUGGGAACGCUCCAAGAAAAUGUUAUCCUCCCCGGCUGGGAGACCAGUAUUCGGCAAGACCCUUCUCAUAUAUGGUGGCCGCAAUCGCGAUGCAGAUUACUUUUACGGUGCUAACUGGGCUGAUUCUUCCUUGGGAGUAGACGCACAUCCAGUCUUCUCAAGAGAUGGCCCGCAAAAGGUCUACGUACAGGAUGAGAUUAGGAAACAAGGACAACAGAUUGCAGAUCUCUUGACAAAACAUAAUGCCCUCAUUUAUGUAUGUGGUAGCUCUGGGGGUAUGCCCAAGGCAGUCAGAUUAGCUUUCUUGGGCGUCUUGCAGAAGUAUGGAGAUAUGAGUUUUGAGGAGGCAGAGAAUUUUGUUGCGAAUAUGGAGAGGUCGAAAUUUUAUAUACAGGAGACGUGGUAG